AUGGCUCGUCGGAAGCGACAGCUGCUCGAAGACUCUUCUGACUCUUCUGACGGCUCUGAAGGCGACAUUAACGACUAUGGUCCCGACCAGAACGAUCCGGAUGCACGCGAAGAACGAGCAUUAUUCGAGGACCCUUACAAGCGCAAGCGCAGGCGGAAGAACGGAAAGGACGACGCCAUCUACGGAGUAUUCGGGAGUGAGGAUGAAGACGAGGGAUUUGGAGGAAAGAAGGGAGGGAAGGCUCAGAAGCGGAGCGACUGGACGAAGGCACCUGCGUUCGUGUCUGGAGAGAAGGUAGAGAAGGUAGACCUGGACAAGACAGUGAAGGUAGACGAAGGUAUGAAUGAUGCCUCAAGUGGUGAGGAGGGUGUUGAGCAGGGUGAAGUGGAAGACGAGCAGGAUGAGGAGGUGGGAGAGGAGGUGGGAGAAGAGGAGGGCGAGGACGAGUCGGAGCCUUCAAAGCCGCCAUCCCCGCGUGUCCGAGAGGAAGAUCAACAAGCUGAGGAGGAGGAAACAAGACCGCGCUUUGGUGGCCUGGGCUUCGGCGCAUCCAAAGCUCAAGCUGGCGGCACGUUCUCCGGAUUCCAUAGAGGGGGGAUCGGGUCACGUCCGUUGCCUGCUGCUUCGCCGUCUCCGACACCGGUGGUCGCAGAAGACAUGCCCACAGCGUUUGGCAGCUCUCGCGCUCAACGCUCAUUUUUACGCAAUGGCGGUAGUGGGACAUCUUCUCCAAGGCCUGCAACGCCUCUCAGCACCGCUGACCGUCAGCAUUUCAGCAAGCUGGGGGGCACAUUCGGUGCGCGCUUACUUGAAAAGAUGGGUUGGCAGGCUGGCAUGGGUCUUGGUACCACCGGUGAAGGUAUCGUGACGCCUGUUGAGAGCAAACUGCGUCCGAAGGGUAUGGGUCUCGCGUUCAAAGGCUUCAAGGAGAAGACUGCUCAGGCGAAGGCCGAGGCGAGGCGGAAGGGUGAAAUCGUUAGCGACGAUGAAGAGGAGUCGAAGACGGCGGCGAGGAAGGCGCGGAAGGCUGCCAAAGCCCAGGAAGAGAAGGCCGACGCUUGGAAAAAACCCAAGAAGGUCAAAACCAGAGUCGAGCACAAGACCUAUGAGCAGAUUAUUGCAGAAGCAGGCCACGAAGUUCCGCAAGCUGGGCUUGGUCAAAUCAUCGAUGCGACUGGGGCUACGCCUCGAGAAGUAGCUUCCAUUGCUGAGGUUUCUUUGGCGUCUUGGACGCCGACUGCCGACUCCACACGGCUACCUGAAGUCCGACAUAACGUUCGUCUCAUCUCGGACGCUUGCAAGAGCGAUCUCGAUGGUCUCGCACGGGAAGCGAGAUCAUUGCAAGAACGAAAGAUUUGGACUCGUCAACAAGACCUCAGUUUACGGAAGAAAGUCGAGGAGGAGGCGGAAUUGAUUUCGCGCCUACAGCAGGUGCACCUGGUGGUAGAUAACAUCGACUCACAAGCCAAGGAGAUGGCCUCUAUGUAUGAGCCAUCCCUUGAACCGUUCUCUGCGAACUUCGAUAACUUGCUCGGAUUAUACCCCAAAGAAUUUGAUAGAUACCGGUUAGACGAGAUAAUUGUUGCAGCCAUCACACCUACUGUACGGCGAAUGUUCGCUCAAUGGCAUCCAUUGCAAGAUCCAACUGCAAUAACGCCUACCUUUCGCUUGUGGAGGCGUGCGCUGAAGAUGUCGGCGCUCGAAGAAAAGCUGCAAGAUCAGGUGCAGGUCUACGGCUCGAGCAUAGUAACAUCUGCUCCCGUAGCAGUUGAGAAACCGAUGACGCCGUAUGAAAGCCUCAUGUGGAACGUCUGGUUGCCCAAAGUGCGAUCAUCCAUCAAUAAUGACUGGUCUCCAGAAGACCCACACUCUGCAGUUCGUCUGUAUGAAGCGUGGUCAAGCUUUCUGCCUCCCUUUGUCCGCGACAAUUUCUUCGAUCAGCUGAUUUUGCCCAAGGUGUCGAAGGCUGUGGCGGAUUGGAAUCCUCGUCGCAGUAAGGUAUCCUUGCAGAGCGUCGUAUUCCCUUGGCUACCACACAUCGGCCUCCGGAUUGAGGAGGUUCUGGCAGAUGCGAGGAGAAAGGUCAAGAGCUUGUUACGGGGAUGGGUUAUUACUGAUGGCGUACCAAAGGACCUCGCCGAUUGGAAAGAUGUUUUCGACAGCAGCGAGUGGGACACGAUGCUAUUGAAGUAUAUCGUACCGAAGCUGGGAUCGAGGUUGAGGGACGACUUCCGGAUCAAUCCGCGCGACCAAGAUAUGGCGCCUCUCCAAGAGGUCAUGUUAUGGGAAUCUCUGUUACGACCAUCGAUACUGUCUCAGAUCCUCGAGACCGAGUUCUUCCCGAAGUGGCUGGAUGUCUUGCACAUUUGGUUAAUACAACCAAGUCCGAGCCUGGAAGAGGUGGCACGGUGGUACACCUUUUGGAAGGGGACGUUUACGGAAGAAGUACAGAACAUGCCAGGCGUCGCCAAGGGCUUCACGCGUGGUCUGGAGAUGAUGAACAAGGCUAUCGAGCUGGGCUCAGAUGCAGCGACGUUGUUGCCUCGCCCAGAUCAUGGUGCUCCUAUGGUGUCGGUUCCAAGUGUCAAACAGACUCCGGUUAAGGCGCGACCAGCGCGAACACAGGAGAUCACCUUCCGCUCAAUUGUGGAAGACUAUGCCUCUUCGCACAAUCUGCUCUUUAUCCCUAUUGGACGCGUACAUGAGAAGUCGAGGAUGCCGCUCUAUCGCGUGUCGCAGACGGCUGAUGGGAAGGGUGGUUUGUUGGUCUAUAUUCAGGACGAUGCUGUCUGGGCACAGGAUGGCGACGAAUACCGAGCGAUCACGUUGGAGACUAUGGUGCUCCGAGGCACUAAAGAAAAGUAG